GUUGAAAACAGAGGAUUUCGGCGAAAAUGGCGAGUGGAGGAGGAUACGGAGACCCGUCGCAGAAGAUUGACUACGUCUUCAAGCUGGUGUUGAUCGGAGACUCUGGUGUUGGCAAAUCCCAGAUACUGUCUCGGUAUGCUAGAAACGAGUUCAGCUUAGAUUCCAAAGCUACCAUCGGCGUCGAAUUUCAAACUCGAACACUUGUUAUCGACCAUAAGAGUGUCAAAGCUCAGAUCUGGGACACCGCCGGCCAAGAACGGUAUAGAGCGGUGACAAGUGCGUAUUACAGAGGAGCGGUUGGAGCGAUGCUGGUUUACGAUGUGACUAGACGUCAAACAUUUGAUCAUAUCCCACGGUGGCUUGAAGAAUUGCGAAAUAACGCAGACAAGAACAUUGUGAUUAUACUCGUUGGGAAUAAGUCUGAUCUUGAAGAUCAACGAGCGAUAUCGAUGGAAGAUGCUAAGGAAUUCGCGGAGAAAGAAGGUCUUUUCUUCUUGGAGACAUCAGCUCUAAAUGCAGUUAAUGUGGAGAGUGCUUUCUCCACUGUUUUGACUGAGAUUUUCAACAUUGUCCACAAGAAAAGUCUUGUUGCUGGUGAAGGAGAAGGUAAUGGUGAUCCUGGAUCGCUUGCUGGUAAGAAGAUUGAUAUUGUUCCAGGUCCAGGUCAGGUGAUUCCAACGAAGAAUAGAUUGUGUUGUAACACUUAGAAGUAACCAAUUCAAUUCUUCAAAUCUUCUUUGUUUUGUAUCCGCAUUUCUCACGUUAUAACCUAAUCAAAGCGCUUUGUGUUG